AUGACCAUCACUAGCACAUCAAAGGAGCCUCCACCUGAUACAGAAUGUGGCAAACUAUGGACACUAGAAGACACAUUCAUCCAUCCAGAAUUCCGUUUGUUGUAUGUUCCUUCCAAAGAUGAAGAUGACAAGAUGAUGACGAUUAUUACUCCUUCCAAACACGAGCCAUCUUACGUGCCUGAUCGCAAAUUUUAUGCUCUAUCGCAUUUAUGGGGCACCGAUCCGAAAGAGAACCUGUGGGAUGUGAGCGACUUUAUCAAUGACGAGAAUGGCGCCACUGUGGAACCAAUACCAAUGAGAGAAGAGAAACGUGAGACCUUCUUGAAUCUACUACAAGAGAACCCUGGAUACUGGUGGAUUGAUGUCUUGUGUUGUAGAAGCGAUACGCCACCUGUUAUCAUGCGAGGUAUAUAUGGUUGCUGCCAUACGUGCUUUGCUAUGCUUGAUUGUCCAUCCGAAGCAAUUGAAUUUUUCUCAGCUGCAAUCCUUGAUCCUUCUAAGACUUAUGGCGAACCAAUUGAGGGGACAUCCUUUGAACGUAACAUGGUCAAGGGAGCAGCGAUGUGGAAGCAUGCUAGGGAUAUUUGGAAAUGCCGUUGGUUUUCGCGUGUAUGGACAAUGCAAGAAUUGGCCCUUCCACCUUCAGUUAUGUUACUCUCAGAGACAUGCGAUAUACCAUGUUACAUCUCUGCUGAUUCGCUGGAAGUCCCGAUGUUCCGUUGCUUUUUUUUCAACGCCUCUGCAGACCUGAAGCUUUCCCGCUCUAUGUUCAAACAAGAGCAUCCUUUCAUGUUGAGACAUGGAGUCCAAAAUUUCCAUGGAUCUGAGGGCGGUUCAAAAAGUCGUCGAUUCGGAAUGUUCCUCUCGAUACUCCGUCAAUUCAUCAAAUCUACACGAUCAUGUUAUUUUGUCGAAGAUUAUGUGUAUGGUGCACUCGGCAUUUUGGGUUUGGAUAUCCCAAGACUGAAUAAUAUAGAAGAUACAUGGGAUCGCUUUCUCUUCAGUUUCCGACGAUUUGUGGAGAAGAAUUUUUGGGAAGAAAUCGAAGAAUUGGUUUAUUCCAGGUCGUGGACUAGUGAUGUGGAGACGUCGUACUACAGUGAACGUCCGGAAUUGUUGGUCAAGCAUCUCCAGGAGACUGUGCGUUUUAACUAUCGCGAGGAAGGAAGAUCAUGUGCACUAUCAGGAGCGAGCAAGAUGGCAGACGUGUAUCGGGGGUUAUUAAAAAUCACCGUUGAUUGCACAUGUGAUGAAUGUGAGGGUUUAGAUUCUUCUAUACAGAGUUUUAAAUGUUUUUGA